GCUUCUCCCCUCUACUGUGAAAAAUUGGCGGGUAAAGCAUCUGACGUGAUGCCACAUGUGCGUGACAAGCUGUGUACUGUAUAGUUGUAUACGUAUGCAGGAAAUUGUUUUUCUUUGAAAAUCAUUGUAUGACGUGUGAAUAUUUGUAAUUCGAACAUGUUUGUGCACAGGCGAUUCUUGUGACAUUAAUAAACGAUAUUUCUGUCAUUAGUCUGCGAUAAUAACACGAUUUGAAAAAUAUGGAGAACGAAGAUAGCGAUUGUGAUUUAGAUAUCUUGAAUAAUCUCAUAUCAAAUAGCAAUGAAGAAAUUGAACAAUCUGAGCAGCUUCAGCAGUUUGAAUCAGAACAGACUAAAUUGUCUGAUCCAAAGAAAACUUUAACAGAAUUGCAAUUUAGUUUCUUAGAUUCUACACCCAGUAACAUACACACUGAAACCAAACCGACUGAUGAGAAAACCAGCAGUGAGAUUUAUGAUGACAAGCUGGAUUCAUCAGAUGAUGAAGACAGGCGUUAUUUUGAAGAACAAAAGUAUUCUAAUUAUGGACGUGAGAUAAAACAGUUGUUAAAAGAAUGUUCCUCACAAAAGACUGAACGUUCUGCAAACUUAAAAUCUGAGAACAAUAAGACUUUUAAUUUUAAUGAUAAGAAUAAAACUUUUGAUUUCAAUAACGCGAUUAAAAGUAGCAAUAACGGCGGUGUAACAAAGGAUGUAUAUAGCGAUCCCUUUUUCGGAAUAAGAAUAGUUAGUCCUCUUAUAUCGUCUGCCGAAUUGAAAGACCGUAUGCAAGGUAAAAUAGCUGUGACUGUAUCAAGAAUAAAGAGCCACCUUAUUUCUGAUAAUGUGAACAAUGACUGGGUGAUCGCCGGUGUAUUAAUUAACAAAUCCGCCACAAAAACCUCGCAGAAAGGAACCUCCUACUGCAUUUGGAAAAUAAGCGAUUUGUCGGAUGAUUUGAAGACUGUUUCUAUUUUUCUAUUCAGUAACGCUUACAAACAAUUGUGGAAAACGAUUAUCGGCAGUGUAAUAGGUAUCCUCAAUCCGAAUGUACUCGAAAGCAAAGACAAUAUCGAUCAAGCGACACUGUCGAUCGAUAAUCCUCAGAAGAUGAUGAUACUUGGAACGUCGAAAGAUAUGGGCAAGUGCAAGUCAGUUAAGAAGAACGGCGAUUCUUGCACCGCUAUCGUAAAUUUAAGUCGUUGCGAGUACUGCGUCUAUCACGUGAAGCAAGAGUACAAAAAGUGUGCUCGACGCGCGGACCUGCAAUCGAGUAACACCGGGUACAGAUUCACAGGAGAUACGAUGAAACGCAUGAACAAACAAGACGCGAUGCGACAACCUAACGGAAUGGCAUCGUUCGUGCCCGUAUUUGCCAAACCGAACGCGAAGCUGAAUGAGAAAGACCGCUUGCGUCUGGAAUUGUUGUCCGAGACUGCUUCGAGUAAGAGUAAAGAGAAAAGUGAGGCAAAACCGGAAUUUGAUAAUACGGAUGUUAAGAAAAAGGCUGUGAUUGUCGAACUGACUAACAAGCAGUCGAGGAAGGACUUUGAACGGCUCAACAAAUUGAGGGGCUGGCAACCCUCUAAGCAGGUAAUGAUCCAAUCAACACCUAAUGGAACAGUUCUGUGUUCCAACCCGGUACAACCCAAGGAAAGUAGUAACUCUACACCGAUCAAACCUAAGAUCGGUGUCGCGAAUAAAAAGGUCAGUCUGGCUUCUUUGUCUUCAAGACCGCAACUGGGAGUGGGAUGUAGUCAAGGUACAAUAGAUUUUUCCGAGCCGAUCACCAAGCAGCACAUACGUGCCGCCAAAAUGAACGCGAUCAAAUGGGUGCAGGAGAACGGGAAGAUUAAAGCAAAAAGUCCUAAUCAAAUCGACAAGAGCUCGAGAGAGAAGUUGGAGAAGAAUGCGAAGCGUCCGAGAGAGAAUAACGAGCAGGAGGAACGGGACGCGAAGAAAACAAAAAUAAGUGACAAGUUCAAAGAAAUGAUGGAAGCAAAGUCCUCGCAUACGGAUCUGAUUGAGAAAUCGUAUGACGAGGAGCAAGAGAAGUACUUCAACAAGUUAGAGGCGAAGGAAAAAAUGGAAGAGAAGAUGAUGACUACUUACAAGGUCGAUUGUAAAGCCGUAAGGUGUACAAUAUGUAAAUAUACGGCGUUCUCGGCGUCGGACGUGUGCAAGGAGCAAAGACACCCGAUACGCGUGAUUGACGCCGUCAAGAGAUUCUUCAAGUGUGCUGAUUGCGGCAAUCGAACCGUCAGUCUGGAUCGUAUACCAUCGUACAGUUGCGGGAAGUGCAACAGCUCGAAUUGGGCUAGAGCACCUAUGAUGGACGAGAAAAAGACUGCCAUCGCCGCAGAAACUUUGUCCAUACGUGGCGCAGAAGAGAAGUUUUUGGGUUCAGUGGUAAGAGACGCUAAUCUCAACCUUCUCGUUCCGGACGAAUGAACGAGAAUGAUUCGAUUGUCAACAUAGUGUGUUGUUAUUGAAGAACUGCCAUAAAUAUAUCAAUAUGGAUCUAUAAAAAGUCUAGAGAGAAAUUAUGAAAUAAUUACAUAGACCUGUGAAUUUAAAUCGUUUUGAAUUUGUUUCGAAGUGCUCUUUUGCUUUCUCCUUUAAAUUGUACGGACGUUCUUGAGGUCAAUUUUGAAUUCCAGAAAAGGACUACUUAAAAUAUUAUUACAUUCUGUCUCUCAAACAAAUUUCACAGGCCUGUGUUAUGAAAUAAAACAAAGUCAAUUAUUGUAAAUAGAAUAGCGGUUAGCGGAACUCUAGCCAUCUGAAUAAAUGUUCAAAGUAUUAAAUUUUUUUAUCUAAAAAUGAAGAGAGCAACAAAAAUUUUGUUAUCCACGAGCUCAAUAUUUCUAACGUAUCGCAUCUUAAAAUCUAUAAAUGCAAAACAUUUUAUGUCCUUUUAUUUAUUGUCAUUAUUAUCAGUUUCCUCUUUUUUCUUCUUUUUUUUCACUUUAUGAAAUGUACAAAUAUAAAGAAAUCCUCUAAAAUUGUAUUUCUUGCACAUUUCCAAAAUGAAAUACAUCGAAUUCUCUCCGUCCGAAAUGUACACAGAAACGUUUCCGAUACACAACCAGGUACAAUUGUAUAAAAAACAUUAUAUAUCAUUUUGACUACGUUCUUCACUAAAUUACGUUUGAAUUUUACGUUUAGGCUGAGGAGAGUCUUUGCUGCCUUUCUAUAUUCGAUAGGGCCUUGUUUCGUACGAAGAUACUUUUCUCAUAACAAGAAAAGUACUGUGCUUCGUCUUCCUAAGUGGGAUACGAAUUGUGUAAAAAGGUGGACAUCAGUAAAUUUCUAGAUAUAAAGAAUUGCUAUUGGGACCCGGAAGCAUCGCGUUGACAUAAACUAUCACAGAUCAGCGUUGUUGAACUUUGAUACUUACAUUUUUGUGUCUAAACAAUACAUAGAUUUAAAGAGCAUUUGAUUUACAAACUGAUCUCUUGUGAGAAGUGUUAUGUCAGUGUAACAAUUCCGGACUCUCAUAACCAACUGUUUGUAUGAGAAACAUAGAUUGUAUUUUUUUUUUUUUUCACUCAUGUUUACUGUUUAAUAUCCUAUAGUUGUCCAGUUCUAUAUUCGGCAUUUUAUAUUACGAUGACACGUUACUCUUCCUUGUAUAUAAAAACUUCGAGUAAAAUUAUGCGCGUGAGAAAAGGAAGAUUAGAAAUAAUGGCUAUUCGACGAAUUUCACUAUAGUAUUAUUUACGAAUAAACCGCUAAUUAUUGUUUUCCGAGACUUUUUAUCUUUCGUGGCACGAUAACAUCGAUUUAUCGUAUCUUCUGCUAUCUUCGGAUGUAUGUUUAAUCGUUAAUUUUUAAGAAUCUCAAGUCGACGAUCUCGUUAAAUGAAGUAUGGACCAAAACAUGUGUUACGAGAUAUUAUACACAUGCUUCAAUAUGAGAUAACAAUGGCGAAAAUAAGCGACACAGUCUUUUUAUAGUACAUAUAUGCAAUUAAUAAAUGCAAUUAUGACAAUUUUCAAUGGUUGCACCAAUUCCCAUCACAAUUCGAGUUUGGACGAUCUAGAUUUCUAGUAUAUUCGUGAGCGUAGGAUUUUUACGUUGCUUCUUUGAUUUAUAAAACAUCCCAACGGAAUGCGCAUAAAAGUGACUCAUCGAAAAUUGAUGCAAUUUUAUAUAAAAAGGCAUUGAGGAGUGAAACCGAAGCGGGAUUACUACUGAGAAUUAAUAAUCACAUCGGUUAGUUACGUACUGCAAACAGACUGCCUCGCUUCUCGAUAGAAUUGUUUUCGCUAAUGUCCUUCAUUUUUCAUAAAUAACGCAUGUGCACGUACAUGGAAUGUUAUCAUUAUUUCAAUCUCCCUCUUUGUCACCUGACAAAGCAUAGAUCUCACAGGAAAUGAGCAGCCAUACCAUAGAAAAACUUCUCUUCCACCAAAGUCAGAUUUUAUUUUUAAACCUAUAGUCAGAUUUUAUUUUUAAACCAUAGGUCUGCAUAAGGGAGAAAACUACUUUUUCAAAGCGAAAGAAGCCGAAUCUGUUUUUACAAAGCAUAUUAGUAGUAGCAAAAAAAGUUUGAAACAAAAACAAAAGAUACUUUUGCGCACAAAAAGUUUACAGAUUAUAAAAGCACGUGUUCAAAAUCGUGUUGGCAACAUGUUCGGUACAGACGUAAGAGAAACGCGUUUAAAAAAAUCUAAUUUAAUAUCACUUAAAAUAUAUCAGUUUUGCAAAACCCCCCAUUCGUGAAUAUAUUCGGCCUUCUUUUGCGUCUCAAAAAAAAAGUGGCUUUCUCGCUUAGGAAUACCGGGCUCCAGCGCAGAUGCAUUGUGUGCUACACAUAUACGUAAACGUGAAGCGUCACAUAAAAUUGUGUCUUGAAAAAUCGACCUGAAUAAAAUUCACAAUGAUUACAUUUUCAUAUUGCCGUGAAUAUCGCAAUUUACAAAAUCUGAUGAAGUUUUGGGAGAGGAAAGGGGAACAACCAGUUCCGAUUAAGAGAUAUUUCACUAGCAAAAUACAUAGGAAUAAAAUAAUCAAUGACGAAUAUGUGUGAGCAGAUUAUACAACUAUGCUUAUAGAGAUCAUAGGCAAGCCAUAAUCUAAGUACGUCAUCGAUUCAGUUAUUAAAGCAACUCGCAUGGACGAUAUUUCCGUGUAUCUUUUACCUUAAGACAAAGAUUACAAGGCUUUUCCUAUUCUCUCUUUCUUUCUCUCUUUCGCACUUUCUCCUAACAUACUCUCUUUCUCUCUCACUUUCAUUCAUUGAUAUAUUUAUCGAGUUCUUAAUUUACUAUUACUUAAAACUCCUGGAUAUCCGUUUCGGUCAUAUUGAAUUAUAAACGUCAGAAGUGACACAUUGUGUGAACUUUUGUCACGCAAGUUACAUUCGAGACGAUCUAAUUUUUACACGUCACUGGAGAAUUUUAUCAAUUUAUUCUCUCGCGAAUGUUGAUGGCAAAACUCACACGAUAUUUCGCUUCUGUCGUCACAAUUCGAUAAUAUUGCAACAGAUAGCCAAAAGUUUUAAAUCGGAUGUUCCGCUAAGCAGAAACGUAGUCGCACCGAUGUAUAGAAAUAAAUAGCUAUCUAGAUUCUCUUCUAAUGAGAAGAUAUCUUCACAUAUAAAAAUUUGAAGAAACGUUAAGCCGGCAAUUAACACGAGUGUCUUGAGAGACAAUACACAGAUACAAAUAUUUUCGAACCAUCAUGUUCUGGAAUUCGUUGUGCACAUAUCGCAUAGUCGAAUAUCUCUCGAACGUUCCACUUUGAUGAAGUUCUCUUGUUCUCGCCUGCUUUUGUCUCUGCAAGGUGUCAGAAUAUUACAUAUCGUAAAUAAUGUAAAUCUAUUAUUAAUUAAUGAUACGUUGUUUCCGUCGGAAGAAUCUCAUAAUAUUCGAGACCUUUGAAGAUCCUUUUGUUUUUUCUUUCUUAUCUCUCUUUCUUUCUCUCUCUUUCUCUCUCUCUCUCUCUCUCUCUCUCUACACACUCUUUCGUAAAGAAUACUUCACCAAAAUUGCACGUUACACUCUUUCCACAUUUAUACAUACAUUAUUUAUUACAAAGGCAUCGUACGAAUAAGCAAAAUUAAAUUAACAGUGUUAAAAUAAAUUUCGUAAUAUUUUCAAUAACUGCGGUUUUUUAAAUAUGUAUUGCAGAGAAUCAUCUUUUCUCUUCAUUGUGAAGUGCACUAUAACAAUGAAAACUUCGAUACACUCGCGAAGCGUUUCCUUAUGUACAACUUGUGUGAAUGUACAAAAAUCUAAGAGCCAAGAACCAGCAAUGGAGCAAUGUAAAAUUGCGAGGAAUUAUCUGCUCUUACGUUUAUUUAAGUGUGUAUCACUGCAUAAGACGGAAAUACUUAUUUACUCCGUGGAUCGUGUACGCGACCUCAACUUAUGUCUAAGGCAACGGUGCCGUCUUUUUUUUUUUUUUUUCUUUAAAUUGACAUCUAUUUACAGAACUCGUCUCGUUAUCCAUAUGAAUUUUGCAAAUCGGUGUAGAAUGCACGAUACGCAACUGCAUGUUUAUAUUAUAAUCAGUUUAUUAUAGCUUUUCUUUCAUGAUUGUGUCUGAACAAAAUAAUGCUACAACCGCUAUUGUAAUUCAAAUACUCAUUUCUCGUAAAAUCUAUGAUAUAAGAUGACAAAAAUACCAAUUUAAUAUAAAAAAAAAAAAAAA